GUUUUGAACAUGUUAUGUAUUUGAGCUGAUAGUAGUAUUGCUCUAAAGACUGUAAAUCAGUUUUAGGUUCAGACUGGAUUUAUUUUUCUUAAUUCCUGAUCUUUAUAUUUAUAUCAUUCCCAAUGCAGUUAUAUCAAGGAACAAAUAAUUAUUGGAUAAACACAUAUCAGUUUGUUAGUGACAUAUAAUACGAGCCAAUAUCUAAUUUGAGUUCCACACCCUUCGUCUGCCUCAUUUUCGGGAUACACAGCGCAGUGCCAGCAAUUCUUGGCAUGUUCGAGGCUUUAUAAAUAGGGCACCCAUUGUGCUACACAGUCAGAGGAGUCACAUAAGGAGUCGUGUCUGAGUAGGAUUCCGUAGUGUAGGAUUUUUAUCUCUGCUGUGUUUCGGAUCAAGGACACUACGGAAAGACGUGAACGUUCUCACUCGUCAGGUUUGGACAGGUAACAGUGUGGACCACGCCCUCAGCCAUCCUGUUGCGCACAGCAGGAAGUCCGGUAUUUAUUAGUGAACAUGAGGCUCUGCGCGACCUGCGCGCUCUUUGGACUUUUGUUUUUGUCAGUCUUCGACUUAUCAGAAUGCCUACAGAUGAAGGUCCGACCAGACCGAGGCUCGAAUGUGACGGUGUCCACUGGGCUUCCUAUGGAUCAGUGUGCUGUGUGCACAGUCAGUGGGGUGAAUGACACGCAGACUUCCUGUCACUCCUCUCUUUCUCUGGUACCUGAAAAGGAGGUCACAUUGCUGUUCAAAUGCUCCCAGCCCCUUGACCAGGCUUACACUGUCAUAGUAACUCGUACCAUUGAGUGCACUAAGGACACCUGCAGCCCUACAACAGUAGAAAUUCAGCCAUCCAUCCUCACAGAGUUUGCCAGAACCUUCACCUGGGAGUUUAAGGCACCUGAGAAGACAGCUGUGAGUGUGAACAUCCUUGGGGAUGGACUGAUGGAGACGUCACAACCAUGCACUAAUGGAUUUCAGUUUUCGGUGGCCACGUCCAAAGCAAAUAGCAAGGACCAAACUCGGUACUGUCGAGGUGGAUCUGUGACUCGUCUAGACCUGCUCAAUGAAGCUGUUAUGUCUCUGCAAGUCAAUCCAAAGGCUCAGGUGGAAUCUGUGUUGUUUCAGGUCUCCGCUGGACCUUUAAAGGGCCGAACCAUGGUUAUAACCAUUGAUUCCAGCACGACUGUAGUUGUUAGCCGGGACCCUGUGGAACCAGCGUGCGACGUGUGCUCUGUUGACGGCCCCACUCCUAAUUGUAGUCCAACAGAAAAGACACUGACCAACGUUGAAAAACUCUCACUGGAGUUCAGCUGCCAAAACCCUCAGGACAUGUACCGUGUGAAGAUAAGGAAGAAAAUAGAGUGCACCACAAGCUCCUGCACCCCUUCUGCAGGAGAAGCUGAUCCCAACCUCUUCAAGGACUUCAAUAGAUCCUUAAUAUGGCACAUUAGUGUCCCAGAGAAAACGGUAUUAAGUUUGGACUUUCCUGACAAUGGACUGAAGGAGAUUUCUGGAGCAGAAAAUUGCCAAGAUGGCUAUCAGUACUCAGUGAGUACAACUAAAAGUGACAGAAACAUCAGAACUAACAGGUACUGCAAGAGUGGGACAGUGUCUGAUCUGGAUUUUCUUGGAGCGACAGCUGUGACUGUUGAAGUACCCAGAGGAGGAGACCUGACAGCAUUCGGUGUCAGAGCAGCACCAAGAGGUGGCAGAACGAUGUCUGUGACCCCCGACCCCAACACCAUCGUUAUCAUCAGCAGGGUGACCAGUGUGCCAGACUGCAGUGUGUGUGUGAACGCGCCCCCCAAUCAGAAAUGCAACUCGAAAUCUCUGAAAAUUACUGAUCCUCGUAGCACCUUGGUAGAGUUUACCUGUCCUCGACCUCAGGAUAUUUUCAGUGUGGAGAUCAACAGGCAAAUUGACUGCACAGCAACCUCUUGCUCUGGUAACAUUGUUCAGGCUGAGUCCACACUGUUCCCAGACUUCAACCGGACUUUUACUUGGGACCUCAAAGUUGUCUCCACUCGGACCUUCCAACUAGACUUCCCAGAAACUGGAAUGCAACAGAUCCCCAAAGAGAAGACCUGUCCAAAUGAGCACACAUACUCUGUUAUUACCUAUCUGCGCACUGGGCCUGGAGUCAUCGGUACCUUUUGUAAAGGAGGACCUGUGACCACCAUCCUGGCUCGCUACAAGGGCCGUGUGUCUCUGCUGGUGCCUGCAAACAGGAAGCUGGACCCUGUCGACUUCAAACUGGAUGUUGGGCCUGAGACUAGCAUGUUGGCCAUAGUGAAAGUCAACCUACCACGAGGUUUAUCAGACACAGAUUUCUUCAUAGCCAACUAUCCUGAUGAUUUUCCUGACAACCAGCAGAUGCAGUGGGACUUCACAGUGCCAGUCAUGCACAACUAUACAAUGCGUUUUCGUGAACAAACAGCUCCAGUGUGCCUCCACAAUGCAGUGGAGGUGGCAUACCAGAAAGAGGACAAGAAGGUGACCAAAUUGACCCUGACGGAUCGUCAGCCGGAGCAUCAGCAGGGCAACUUCAGCAUGGUGCUGAAAAACUGUGAAACCAACAAAACACACCAGGGACUCACUUUGAAGUACACAGUCUCUGUGAUGAGGAGCGGUCACCCAGUCCUGUGCACGGUGGAUCUAACCAAAUGGCAAGGAGUGUCCCUGCAGAUACAGAAAGUGGUCUCUGAUCCCUUUUGUGAGAUGAGCAUUAACUCCAAGGUUUCGGAGAAGAUAAACGUAUCUGCAGGCACAAAGGCCAGCCUCUCCUUCCUUGACUGUCGAAAUGAAGAAGUGCAGCUGACUGCCAGUGAAGUUAUUGGGUGCCAAAAUGUGGCGUCAUGCUCUAUGACUCUCCUCACUGUGCCCCAACUGGAUUCUUGUCUCCCGAUGUCCCUAAGUAGCUUCACUUGGCACUUCAGUGUCCCUGAGGACAUCACAGUGGAUCUGAUGUCGCCCACGGGUAGCUUCCAACAGUCUCUGCCUGGUCAGGAGUGUAACCAGGAUGUCUCACUGAAUGUGGCAGAGGAAGAUGGAGUUUCUCUCGGAGACUUCUGCUUUAAUGGAAUCAUCCAGAAAGUUCAGGUGCAUACCAACGUCUCUGUCACAGCUACAGCUCGCGACUUCAGCAAGACCAGUGGGCCUUUUCUCAAUGCCAGCUUCAGUCAGCACAUCACAGAGACCAUUAUUUACACAGUCAGUCCUAUGGAAGCAUCUCCAAACCUCCUGGCCACCCCCAGUUGGCCUCAGGGAAUGCGGCCUUUGACCACCGUGUCCUGGAUCGUCUCUCUUCCAAGCCAGUACCAGGCAGAAAUACAGUUUGUCAACGUCAGCCAGCCCAAGUGCGGCGAGUACCACACGGACAUCAGUGUGAAGAUGUUGGGGUCCGGGGAGGAGAUGAUCAGCCGCAGGGAGGAUGAGCAGAUGGUGGACAAGUUAGUGGUCCCACAGAGUUUCUAUCUCAACAUGUCCAACUGUUUACCAGACGAGGGACAGUUUGGUGUAGUGACUAAAGUCGUCCUGCAGAAGACAUUCAUUCCGUUGCCCAUGAUCCUUGGGAUUCUAGGAGCUAUUUUGCUUUUGCUGAUAGUGCUGGGUGUAGUAUGCUUCAUCAGAAGGAAAAAGAAACAAAAGAUGAGCAAGGAGUCCAUGUUCAUCAGCAAAGGGGAUAUCUUCCGCCCGAGCGACAGGCACUUCAUCAAAACCCAAUCUGACAAUGACUCCCACAUCUACACGUCCGUAGAUGAGACAAUGGUGUAUAGCCACCUGCUGGUUGACUCUGGCUACACCGACGGCAUGCAGGACCUCAACAGAGGUAUACAGGUGGACUCGUAUCAAACAUUCACUGGCCCCACUAAGCUGCCUGCAGUCGACGAAACGAAUGCAGAGCCGGAGAUGGACCAGUACAGGAUGUUUCUGGACCCUUCUGACACUUUUAUCCCGUCCCGUCCGCGCACUCCCAUCGAGCGGCAGGACAGCCUUGGCUUCCAGGACAGCAGGAUGGUGGACAAUGAAUUGUACACAUUCAAAAGCACUGGGGAGAUAAACACAAUCCAGCUGUCCAGUUUUAACUUGGAGCCACAGCCGCCGAUAACAGAGGAGUCCUUGUAGUGUGCUGGGACUGUAGCCGCACGAUGGGCACUGUUACUUAAUUCUCAGUAUAGCACCGGGUAUCUCUUGACUGCACUGAUGUGAACUUCUGUGCCUCGAUUGCACUCAGGGAAUCUGAGUUUCACUAACUUCAGAUGUGGUGUUGGCUUAGACUUCAACAGCAGAAGCUGUAAGCCUCUUCUUUAAAGCAGCAGUUUGAAAUUUUUGGAUAAUUUUUCAGUGUCUUGCUAAGAGUUGGAGAAGAAGUUCGAUUCCACUUUCCUGUCCGUACACUAAAUGUGAAGCCACAGCCAGCAGCAGUUAGCUUACCGAUACUGGAACAGGGGGCGACAGCUAUCAUAACCACAUACCGCUGCCAGCUACCGAAUGGACAUGUUUUAUCCUGCUUGUGCAAUCUGUGCAGUGACUUCUUGGAGUCACUGCACAAGAUAACUUGUUUUAAAAUUUUCAUGUAUUAUGUGUGGGUUUUUGUAUGUAAUUAACAAACAACAUAACAUGUCCAUUAGUGAGCUUUAGAUGUGCUGGUACAUGAAGUUUCUAUUUUAUUUUAUUUUUUUUUACCUUUUGACAGACACUAGUUGUUCCCUGUUUCUGAGCUUCAUGGUAAGCUGAUAUAACUGCCUGUUGUCUGUAGUGUUGUAUUUACUGUACAGGCAUGAUAUCCAUGAUAUCAGUCUUCUUUACUCCUGGUCAAAAAGAAAGCAAAGUAUAUUUCUGAAAACAUUGAACUAUUCCUUUAACACUUUGUUUAAUGUUAUGAAAUUUCUGCCACGUUGCAUGGAUUCAGGAGCUGGUCCUUGUUUUUAAAAUGUUUUUAUAUUUUUAACUAGUUUUUUUUAUUAAAAUAUGUUUCUCCUUACCUGUAAGUACAAUUGAGUUAUUUUUUUUUAGCAAUAACAUGUAGGAAAAUGGUUUGAUGAGGGAACAGUUUACUUCAUGCCAUCACACACUUAAGCAGUGACAUUUGAGUUUCCAUCUCCUGCUGGAACACUGACCUUUUGUAUUCUGGAUGGUUAAAACAAUUUCAACCACAGGAACUCCAGCCAAGAAAAACAGUUUGAAGGAGGGUGUGGAAGACUUCAGCGCAGCGGCCAGUGUUUACCAUGGAGAAGUGUGUGUUACUGGAAACAACAAAUGCAGAAGAAUGCAGAAUCACAUUUCUUGUAGCUCCAAGCCUCACAAAUUUCAAUUCUGCAUUUCUGCUUUAAUCUUAAAGGUUUGAGACUUUGGACUUUAGGGAGCAACAUUUUGGUGAAUACACCUAUUUGCUUACUUGCUGAGUGUUAAUUGAGCAGAUGGAUACCACUCAUACAUGCACACUGAGAGCCACUGUACCGGAGUCAAAUUCCUUGUGUGUCAAACACACCUGGACAAUAAAAGCUUGUUCUUAUUCAGA